AUGUGUCUGCUGUUCACUCUGGACUCGUCCUGCUGUGAUUCGCCGCUGCGGCUCUCAGGCUCCGCCCUCAGUGUGACCUUCAGUGGUCAUGUGACCUCGGCGAGUCAGGACAGGCGUGCGUUCGCGCAGGUGUGUGCAAAUGUGUCCAUCUGCAGAGGACAGUAUUACUGGGAGGUGGACGUCUGCAACAGCGCCUGCUACAGGAUCGGAGUGACAUCAUCAAGCGAUGGGCGUGGCUGGUGGCUGGAGAGGCGCGGCUCUGCAUAUCACACAGUGUUUGACGGACGCUGUGAGCUUCUUCCCUCCAUCCCCCCUCAGCUGAAAACAGUGGGCGUGUUCUUGAAUGUGGGCGGAGCUUCAAUUACUUUCCACAAUACCGUCACUCAAGAGUUUCUGGCUGCAAUCCCCGCCCAUUUCAGCAUCCCCCUCCGUCCUGCUAUCCAAUUGGCCGAGGGGAGAAUCAAGCUCCGCCCUGGUCUGCCACCACCCAGUCACGUGUUUCUCUCCCACAGCUCGGCCUAUCGGGGUCCAGGAGGGGCGGGGCCAGGGCGCUGGAGGCGGGAUGUGUGUUUUGGGUCAGUAAGAGCCGUAAUUCAGAAAUUUGAGCAGAUUUCAAGUGUUUCAGACUCAGAUUCAGGACUGGUGUCCACCGUCAGCUCACUUUCUGAACACAAUAACAGCAGUGAACGCCUCUGAAAACACUACACUGUAUAUUAAAACCACACAUUCACUGUCCUGCCCACAAUUUAUUCUGCACUUUUAUGUGUUCAUAUUUAAGUUCGCUUUAUUAUAUUCAGAAACUGUGUGUCCAAGUUAACGCCUUUUGAAUGGUUAAUUAAUAUUAAAUAAAUCUGGAUGUGACUGAAAUACUGUAACCAAAGAUGCCACACAACACUGACAAACAUAUAUAUUUACAAAAAAUAAUAAAUAAAUGCCAUAAAUUAGACAUAUUAA